CAAGUGAAGGAAUGAAGGAAGAAGGAGGAAAUUGUUGACCUUGGAUAUCAUCAUUUCUGGGGACAACUCUAACUGGAUACCAAGAUUUCUGACCUUAAGAACUUCAUGGCAGAUGCAGAAGGGACAAAAUUUAUAGGAUCCAUAUUAUCCACUAUUUCCUGAGCACAAAAGAAAAUGAUUGAGGCCCAGGAAUCACUAACACUGGAGGAUGUGGCUGUGGAGUUCACCUGGGAGGAGUGGAAGCUCCUGGGCCCUGUUCAGAAGGACCUGUACUGGGACGUGAUGUUGGAGAACUAUAACCAUCUGGUAUCACUGGGGUAUCAAGCUAGCAAACCAGAAAUACUCUCCAAGCUGGAACAAGGAGAAGAACCAUGGAUAAUAGAAGAUAAAACCCAGAAUAGAACCUGUCCAGAUAUCAGGAAAGCUGACAGACAUCUGCAAGGGCACUCUCAGAGCCAAAGAUUUCUGAAGAACAUGCAACAAUGCAAUGAAAAGAAUACACUUAGAAAUAUUGUUCAUCUGAGCAAAACACAUUUUUCUGUAAUCCAAAAUCAUGAUAUGUUUGAUUUAUACAGAAAAACUUUGAAAUCAAGUUUAAGUUUAGUCAACCAGAAGAGAAGACAUGAAGUAAAGAACCCCAUUGAGUUUAAUAGAGGUGAGAAAACCCUUCUACAUAGUACACAUGAACUUAAAUUCUGUGGAAGUACAAAAUGCAUGGGUACUAAAUUCCAAGUCCUGAAGCAUCAGAUGACUCACAGAAUUGAGAAAGCCCAUGCAUGCACUGAUUGUGAGAAAACCUUCUUCAGGAAGUCUCAGCUCAUUUGCCAUGAGAUGAUUCAUACAGGAGAGAAACCAGGAAGUGGUCAGUGUGAGAAAUCAUCCAGGAGUCUCAUGUUCACUAAGCAUCACAGAAUUCAUACAAGAGACAAACCCUAUAUACCCAAUGAAUAUAGGAAAGGCUCUACUGUGAAGAGCAGUCUUGUUGUACAUCAGCUAACCCAUACAGGAGAGAAAUCCUAUAUAUGCAAUGAGUGUGGAAAAGGCUUUACAAUGAAGCGCUAUCUAAUUGCUCAUCAACGAACUCAUAGUGGAGAGAAACCUUAUGUAUGCAAUGUAUGUGGAAAGGGUUUCACCGUAAAGAGCAAUCUCAUUGUACAUCAGCGAACUCAUACGGGGGAGAAACCAUAUAUAUGCAGUGAGUGUGGAAAAGGCUUCACUAUGAAGCGUUAUCUUGUCGUACAUGAGCGAACUCAUACUGGAGAGAAACCCUAUACGUGUAGUGAAUGUGGGAAAGGCUUCACUGUGAAGAGCAAUCUCAUUGUACAUCAGCGAUCUCACACUGGGGAAAAAUCUUAUAUAUGCAAUGAAUGUGGAAAAGGCUUCACUGUGAAGCGCACUCUCAUCAUACAUCAGCGAACUCAUACGGGAGAGAAAUCUUAUAUAUGCAACGAGUGUGGAAAAGCCUUCACUACAAAGCGCACUCUCAUUAUACAUCAGCGAACUCAUACUGGAGAGAAGCCUUAUGAAUGCAAUGAAUGUGGUAAAGCAUUCAGCCAGAAGAUAUGCCUCAUACAACAUGAGAGAUGUCAUACAGGAAAGACUCCGUUUGUAUGUACCGAGUGUGGAAAAUCCUAUUCGCACAAAUAUGGUCUCAUUACCCAUCAGAGAAUUCACACAGGAGAGAAACCUUACGAGUGCAAUGAAUGUGGAAAAGCCUUCACCACAAAGUCAGUACUCAAUGUACAUCAAAGAACUCAUACAGGAGAGAGACCAUAUGGAUGUAGCAAUUGUGAGAAAGCCUUCUCCCACUUGUCAAACCUUGUUAAACAUAAGAAAAUGCACACAAGGGAAAUGGGUAGAUUCAGUCAAGUUGAAAAUUGCUUUAACAGAGAGUCACAGCUUAUUACUUACAAAUGAACUCAUGCCUAUUGAUGCAAUGACUGUGGAAAUGCCAUCUGUGGCAACUCACACUUCAUUAAAUAUCAGUGUGUUUCUAGGGAGAUUGGAUGUAAUCAUGGUACUGCCUAUUGUCAGAUAUGUGCUCUCAGGAGUUAAAGAGUUUACCCAGGAGAUAAACAUGGUGAAUACAGUAAAAUAUGAUAGUGCCUUUAGCAAUCCUUUACCUCACAUUUGCUGUCAGUGAAAACAUGUUGGAUAAACCCUAAUUCAUCUAAUGUGAUGCCUUGAGCAAAACUUCUAGUUCCUAUAUCUGAAAAAUGUAUAGUGAGACAAAUUCUGUGAAUGCAGAGACAGAAAAGCCUUCUGUGGGAAGGUAGACUAGUCAGGGUUCAUCAUAGAUCAUCACUGAGCUCAUUAUUGAUAGAAAUGUAAUGACCAUGGCAAAGUCGUUACUGAGUGAGUGUCAGUUUACAUUGGAGAAUAAUGUUAAAAUGACUGUAUAUAUGACAGGAUUUUUUGUGGUAAAUUCUGCUUCAUCAUUUGUCAGGAAAUGAAAUAGAAAACAAAUGUGUUCUGUCCAAUAGAUAUAUAAUGUGAAAAACAAAUAAAAUUUAAAAAGAAAAUAAAA